AUGGACCCCGUCUCUGUGGAAAGUAUGACGACCCUGGAAAGCAUGACGUCCAAAAUAUCUUUUGGGUCAUCAAAUGGAGCCUCAAAUUCGGGGGUGCAGAUUGGUGUGAGCAACGGACCAGUCACUAACCACUUUCAUAUUCAAAAUGAAGGGAAAAAGGAGACAAAUGAUAGGUCUCGCGACCAAUCUCAAGCCCAUUAUGUUAUCCCAUCUUUGAGCAAUCGUCACUUUACUGGCCGUGAAUCUACGUUGGAUGAGCUGAGACAGAAGCUAUUCUCCCAACCUAAAACCGAAAAGUUGGCCCUCUAUGGACUAGGUGGCAUUGGCAAAACUCAGGUUGCCCUUCAGCUCGCUCGCUGGGUGAAAGCGUAUGUACCUGAUUGCUCUGUUUUCUGGGUUCCUGCCCUAAGUAUCGAGAGUUUUGAGCAAGCCUGUUCGCAAAUUGCGAAAGAACUUCAAAUCCCACAAACCCCAGAUGAUGGAAGUUUUAUGGAAUUAGUUUGUCGACAACUGAGCUCUGAUAAAGCUGGAAAGUGGCUUUUCAUCGUCGAUAAUGCCGAUGACAUCGACUUACUUUUCGAUAAUCUCGAUCAGUAUUUUCCAUCUGGCGAGCAAGGAAUCACUCUGCUUACUACCCGAUCCUAUGACGUGGCAAUAUCUUUCGCAGGGACGGAUGUAUUUGAGCUGCAAAAGAUGACACAAGAGGAAGGAAUGGCUUUUCUGGCUAAGAUUGUGGGGAAAGACUUACUAUCUGACGAUGAAUCGUCUAUGAAGUUAUUGCAGGAGCUGGAAUUUCUACCUCUAGCUAUUACACAGGCAGCUUACUACAUUUCUCGAAACAAAGGAACCACCACACGCUACCUUGAGCUGAUGCAUAAAACCGAACAAGACCGUAUACGUCUUGCAAAGCGAGAUUUCCACGAUAGCACUCGCUACCGGAAGAAGCCAAAUGCUGUUGCUACCACAUGGCUUAUCUCAUUUAAUCAGAUCAGAGACUCCGACCCCUUGGCUGCUGAUUUAUUGGAAUUUAUGUCAUACCUUCAGCCAAAAGCAAUCCCACGGUCUCUUCUCCCUGUUGAUUCAGAAGAAGAUAUGGAUUUCGCAAUUGGCACGCUGUGCAACUAUGGAUUCCUGACUAGGAGAGACAAGGAGGGCAUGUUUGAUAUGCACAGCCUCGUACAGCUAUCAACACGAGUCUGGAUAGCAGAGGCACAAAAGACACAACAGAUUGUCACGGCAGUGACGCAACAAAUUAAAGAGUGUUUUCCAUCCGAGGAAUAUAAAAACCGUGAGAUAUGGAGGAUGUAUCUGCCACACGCGUGUGAAAUUCUCAAAAAAAAUGAAAGUAAAGAUCUAAGAGCCAGGUAUAUGUUACUGUCUAAAAUUGGAAAAUGUAUUCGAGCAGAUGGUCGGGCGACAGAGGCUAUUACUUUUUUUGAAGAUGCAUACGCAUGGCACAAAAACCUAUAUACCAACGAACAUCCUGAUCGACUAAGCUCUCAGUACGAUCUUGCGCGCGCAUAUCGAUCCAAUCGGCAGUUCAAGCAAGCUAUAGAGCUCCUUGAGUCCGUGGUUGAAGUGGAGAAGAGAACGCUUGAUGAAGAACAUCCUGAUCGACUGGCAUCUCAGUACAAUCUCGCACGAGCAUAUAAAUCUAAUCGACAGUUCAAGCAGGCUAGUACCCUCCUUGAGUACUUGGUUGAAGUGGAUAAAAGAAUGCUUGAUGAAGAAGAUCCUGACCGGCUGGCAUGCCAGCACGAACUUGCACAGGUAUAUCAAUGCAACGGACAAAUCAAGCAGGCUAUAAAACUCCUCGAGUACGUGGUUGAAGUGGAGAAGAGAACGCUUCAUGAAGAAGACUCCGAUCGGCUGGAAUCCCAGCAUACACUCGCACGGGCCUAUCGAUCCAAUGGACAAACCACGCAAGCUAUAGAUCUACUUGAGCAUGUAGUUUCAAUACGGCACAGAAUGCUUGAUGAAGAACACCCUAGUCAAUUGAAAUCCCAGCAAGAACUCGCACGAGCAUAUCAUUCUAAUGGAGAAACCAAGAAGGCUAUAGAUUUACUUGAGCAUGUUGUUACAGUGCGGGAAAGAACACUCGAUGAAGAACACCCUAGUCGACUGGGAUCCCAGCAUACACUUGCACGAGCAUAUCGCUCCAAUGGACAGAUCAAACAGGCUAUAGAUCUACUUGAGCAUGUUGUUAGAGUGCGGGAAAGAACACUUGACGAAGAAGAUCGUGAUCGACUAGCAUCUAAAUGGCUACUCCAAGACAUAAAGCAGUCGUGCUAG